GCAGGACCCCAUCUCUUAGAGACGAGGAGGCCGAGGCCCAGAGACGGCAAGUACCUGGCUGUAGAUCACAAAGGUGAAGCAGAUCAUGGAGGAGGCUGUCACCCGCAAGUUCGUCCACGAGGACAGCAGCCACAUCAUCUCCUUCUGUGCGGCCGUAGAGGCCUGCGUCCUGCACGGGCUGCGGCGGCGGGCAGCGGGCUUCCUGCGCAGCAACAAGAUCGCCGCCCUCUUCAUGAAGGUGGGCAAGAGUUUCCCGCCAGCCGAUGAUCUGAGCCGCAAGGUCCAGGACCUGGAGCAGCUGAUCGAGAGCACGCGAAACCAGAUCCAGGGCCUCCAGGAGAAUGUGCGGAAGCCGCCCAAACUGCCCAACCUGUCCCCGCUCGCUAUCAAGCACCUGUGGAUCCGCACGGCCUUGUUUGAGAAGGUCCUGGACAAAAUUGUGCAUUACCUUGUGGAAAACAGCAGUAAAUACUACGAGAAGGAAGCCCUCCUCAUGGACCCUGUGGACGGCCCCAUCCUCGCAUCUUUGUUGGUGGGCCCCUGUGCUCUGGAGUACACCAAGAUGAAGACGGCAGACCACUUCUGGACCGACCCCUCGGCUGAUGAGCUGGUGCAGAGGCACCGCAUCCACAGCUCACACCUGCGGCAGGACUCGCCCACUAAGCGCCCAGCCCUCUGCAUCCAGAAGAGGCAUUCGAGUGGCAGCAUGGACGACCGGCCAUCCCUCUCGGCUCGCGACUAUGUGGAGUCCCUGCACCAGAACUCCCGCGCCACCCUGCUCUACGGCAAGAACAACGUCCUGGUCCAGCCGAGGGAUGACAUGGAGGCCGUGCCAGGAUAUCUGUCUCUGCACCAGACAGCUGAUGUCAUGACCUUGAAGUGGACGCCCAACCAGCUGAUGAAUGGGUCUGUGGGGGACCUGGACUACGAGAAGAGCGUCUACUGGGACUAUGCCAUGACCAUCCGCCUGGAGGAGAUUGUCUACCUGCACUGCCACCAACAAGUGGACAGCGGUGGGACAGUGGUGCUGGUCAGCCAGGAUGGGAUCCAGAGGCCGCCCUUCCGCUUCCCCAAGGGAGGGCACCUGCUGCAGUUCCUCUCGUGCCUGGAGAACGGGCUCCUUCCUCACGGGCAGCUGGACCCACCGCUCUGGUCCCAGCGGGGGAAGGGCAAAGUGUUUCCCAAACUGCGCAAGCGAAGCCCUCAGGGUUCUGCCGAGUCCACGUCUUCAGACAAGGAAGAUGACGAGGCCACAGACUACGUGUUCCGGAUCAUCUACCCUGGCAUGCAGUCUGAGUUCGUCCCCCAGGAUCUGAUGGAUGUCUCGGUGAGCAACCUCCCGUCCCUGUGGCAACCCAGCCCCCGGAAAUCUUCCUGCUCUUCCUGUUUGCAGAGCGGAUCAGCUGAUGGUAGCUCAGCCAAUGGCUGCAACCAUGAGAGGGCUCCCCUGAAACUUCUCUGUGACAAUAUGAAGUACCAGAUCCUUUCCAGAGCCUUCUAUGGAUGGCUUGCCUACUGCAGACAUCUGUCCACAGUGAGGACCCACCUGUCAGCCCUGGUCAAUCAUGUGAUCGUGUCUCCAGACUUGCCCUGCGAUGCUGCACAGGGGCUGACAGCCGGGCUCUGGGAGCGCUACCUGAACGACAGCACCAGUUACGAGGAGCAGGAGCUGCUGCGUCUCAUCUACUACGGGGGCAUCCAGCCGGAGAUCCGCAAGGCCGUGUGGCCCUUCCUCUUGGGCCACUACCAGUUCGGGAUGACGGAGACAGAGAGGAAGGAGGUGGAUGAGCAGAUUCACGCCUGCUACACACAGACCAUGUCCGAGUGGCUGGGCUGCGAGGCGAUCGUGCGGCAGAGAGAGCGGGAGUCCCAUGCAGCCGCCCUGGCCAAGUGCUCAUCAGGGGCCAGCCUGGACAGCCACCUGCACCGAAUGAUGCACAGGGACUCGACCAUCAGCAACGAGUCCUCCCAGAGCUGCAGCUCCGGCCGCCAGAACCUCCGCCUGCACAGCGACUCCAGCAGCAGCACACAGGUGUUUGAGUCUGUGGAUGAGGUGGAGCAGGUGGAGGUGGAAGGAAGGUUGGAGGAGAAGCAGCCCAAAAUUCCCAAUGGGAACUUGGUGAAUGGUACUUGUUCCCCAGACUCUGGUCACCCUUCCUCCCACAACUUUUCCUCGGGCCUCUCUGAGCACUCAGAGCCUAGUCUGAGCACAGAAGACAGUGUCUUGGAUGCCCAGAGGAAUGCCCCAACAGUGCCUCAGCCCAGAGACAGCAGUGUAGACGAUGGGCAGAGCAGUGAAGCAACCACUUCCCGGGAUGAAGCCCCCCGUGAAGAACUGGCUGUGCAGGAUAGCCUGGAGAGUGACCUCCUUGCCAAUGAGAGCAUGGAUGAAUUCAUGUCCAUCACUGGCAGCCUGGACAUGGCCCUGCCUGAAAAGGAUGGUGCUGUGAUAGAGGGCUGGCGGGGCAGUGAGGGUGACAAACACAACCAGGUGGACAGUGAGGACAACCUCUCAGAAGAGCCUGAGAUGGAAAGUCUCUUCCCUGCCUUGGCUUCUCUGGCUGUGACCACUUCUGCCAACAACGAGACAUCGCCUGUAUCUUCCAGUGGUGUCACCUACUCUCCAGAGCUGCUGGACAUGUACACGGUGAAUCUGCACCGCAUCGAGAAGGACGUGCAGAGGUGUGACCGCAACUACUGGUACUUCACGCCUGCCAACCUGGAGAAGCUGCGGAACAUCAUGUGCAGCUACAUCUGGCAGCACAUCGAGAUCGGCUACGUCCAGGGCAUGUGCGACCUCCUGGCUCCACUGCUGGUCAUUCUGGAUGAUGAGGCGCUCGCCUUCAGCUGCUUCACAGAGCUCAUGAAGAGAAUGAACCAGAACUUCCCCCAUGGAGGCGCUAUGGACACGCACUUUGCCAACAUGAGGUCUCUCAUCCAGAUUCUGGACUCAGAGCUCUUUGAGCUGAUGCAUCAAAAUGGGGACUACACUCACUUCUACUUCUGCUACCGUUGGUUCCUCCUGGAUUUCAAGCGAGAACUUGUCUAUGAUGAUGUCUUCUCCGUCUGGGAAACCAUUUGGGCAGCCAAACACGUGUCAUCUGCCCACUAUGUCCUGUUCAUCGCCCUGGCUCUGGUAGAAGUCUACCGCGACAUCAUCUUGGAGAACAACAUGGACUUCACGGACAUCAUCAAGUUCUUUAAUGAAAUGGCCGAGCGACACAACACCAAGCAAGUCCUGAAGCUGGCCCGGGACCUCGUGUACAAGGUGCAGACCCUGAUUGAAAACAAGUGAAGGGCACCUCACCCUGGUGGCGUGAACCCAGCCACCACCUGCCUGUCCUUCUGCCCAUCUUUCCUCCCAGCCAGAAGGCCACCUGGGAAGCAGGGUCCUGGUGCCUAUUCACGAGCUUGGAUUUUUGUGCAAAGAGAAAAUACCCGCCCUGACUUUGGCCGCUUGGCAGGGGGAGUCCAGGAGUUGCCCCUUCAGUUCAGCCUUACGUUUUCCUGUUUGACCAAAGAUUGCCCGCGGCUGGCGUUUCUCCCUUGAGGGAGUCGGGGUUGGUGGUGGAGGGAGGGAGCAUCUUCAUUCCUGAUCUGCAGAAUGGAGUCCUCCUCUUCCCCUUAUUUCUCCAAACUUCCCCUUGUUCCUUUCUCAUCUUUUCGGAUGAGACUUGGAGACACUGGUAGAAGAAGUCUGUGGGGCUAUCCCUGUACUCUGAGAGGGGCCUUUGAAGCUAUUCCAGAAGAUGGCUGCUGACUGGCUUAGAGUAGGUCUCAGCUCAGCAUUACUGGCAUUGGGGGCCAGGUGUUCUUUUUGAGGGGAAUUGUCCUCUGUGCAUUGUAGGACACUGGGCAGCAUUCCUGGCCUCUGCUGCUUAGAAGCCAGUAGCACCACCUCCUAUCCCCCAGCUGUGACAACCCAGAAUGUCUUCAGACAUUGCCAGUGUCCCCCUGUAGGACAAAAUUGCUCCCAUUUGAGAACCACUGGCUUAGAGGCGGGGCUGCAAGCAUAUCUCCCUCCUCACUUUCUUUAUACUAAGCCACUUGUGUCCUGGGGCCUCCCCCGUUAGGCAAAGGCACCCGAGGUCCUUCACACAGCACCCUUGGAGUCUGGGGGUCCGGCUGGUUUGUUUUCUCACUGUUUCU